GUCUGGAAUUGUUAAAACCAUUUAUACCUUUGUUAUAGAAUUUUGGAGCUCCCUUCAUCACUACUGAGUAAUUCUAGCGGUUUUACAACACAGCAGUUUGAUCGAUUUAAGUUUGAAAAUGGAUGACGACGUGGAGGUCGAAGAUUUCGAGAUCACCGACCGCGACCUAAUGGAGGGUCUCGGUUUGGGAUUUAGAAGACAUAGAAUGACAAAAGAAGAAGCGAUUUAUGGAAUGUGGGCUGAGAGAGACUCAGAUGAUGACGAAGGACCUCGUGGAUACUCGAAGAAAAGAAAGAAAGAUUACACCAAGCCACUGAAUUUUGUGAGUGGUGGGAUUGUUCAGAAAGGAAAAGAUAAGAACUUGGACGAUGAUGGUACGAAUUUAGUUAGCGUAUUUUUAUUGUAUACUUAUAGUAACCUCUUAAAAAUACUGUUAAUUAUCUUGUUAAGAUUUCUGUAUAACCCUAUACAUUUAUUAUGCAUGCAAUAAUUUCACAAAUAGUUUUGAGACAUGAAUACAGUCAUGUUAUUGAUGUAACUGUAUGGGGUUAUAUGGAAUCUUACCAUUAUCUUUACCAACCAAGACUGAUACAACAAUAACAACUUAACAGACUUGCCAACCUCCAAAAGGCAAAAAAUGUGAGAUUCUGAAGUUUGAGCUGGAAAAAGUAGUGAGAAAUGGGUAAAAAGUCCUUAGAUGUCCCAAAAUUUCCUAGUCUAAUGACUUUCUGUGGCAAUUUUGGGUGUUGGAAGUCACGUAUCACUUUAAAACUGUAGCAGUAAAUAUCACUAUCAAAUUUAUGAUUUAGGUUUUGUAAUUUCUUGCUUUAACUUGACACGCAAUUUGCAACAUUUUUAAAAAUACAUACAACAGUGACCAAACAUUUCUUAAGGCAAAAGUCAUGAUUACUGAAGGUUCAAGGUCAUUUUUAGAGGAGAAACUUGAACUGCACUGCAGCAGAAGAAUUACAAGACAUUUGUGUUUGUUUGUUUACUUUUUAUCAAUGGUAAUUUUUAGUUGGGGGCUGAUGGCUAAAAUUUUUUUAAAAAAAAAAAAAAGCACAGAAUAAGCUGGGAAUUUUGUUUGCUGUUCAAACUCACCUUUUAAAUGGGUUGAUAUGUUUCGAAAGCGCAAAUUUUGUUUCAUCAAAAAAGAAGUUGGGCUUGCAAAAGUCAUUUGCCGCAGUCCGCAGCUGGUACUUUGUGAUCCUCUGUACCAGAGUGCGGUCUGUUUGAUGAAUUUGUUUCUUGUGAGAUCAGUCAAGUGACAAGCUCAUUAUAUUUCUCAACUUGACUCUUGAUUCUCGAAACUUGAGAAUCGAUUCUCAAGCCUCGAGACUUGAUUCUUGAAAGUUUUGAGAUUCAAGAACCGAGUCUCGAGAAUCAAGACAUGAGUGACUGUCAACUUACUUUUGAGGGGUAUUGUAUGUUAGUCCUUUAUCCUGCUUGUUUCAUCUCAUUUUCGCUUACAGAACUUUAUAUAUUACAUACUCUCUUUAUUAUUAAAAUUUUGGGCCACAUUACCAUUUUGGGCUACUUAACUAAAAUUUUGGCCAACAUACAGGUAACUCUGGUUUUGGGUGACGUAACUUCGGGCGAGAUAUAACAAUGCUGAUAAACGAAAAUUUAUUUGCAGUAAAAGUGCAGUAAAAGAGAGAGGAGUACAGGCUUCCCCAAGUAAUCAUACAUAGGGGCUACAGAAAAAGUGCAGCCAUAUAUACUUAGGUGAUUAAUUUAUAACUAUCAGGUCAGAUACAAUAUUGCCUGACCACUGACCACUAUUGUCAAUCGUUGUAUUGAUAAUGUAAUAAAUGGAGAGGCAUUACAGUGUGCAAAGAAAGAAGUGUCCGAUAGCCUGGGGCUAGUGGAUUUUGCUAUUGGGCUAGUGAAUUCUAUUAUUAAAUUGCCCGAUGGGCAAGUGAAUUUUUUUGAGGAAUUCAAAUUACAGAUGAUGAGGUGUGAAAUCAAUCUGCUCAUCAAAACGUUUUUGGGGCUAGCUGAAAUGAUAUUUGGGCUAGUAAAUGUUAGCUUCAGCUCGCCUGAAUGGCAAGCUCUAAAAAUGACUUUCUUUGCACCCUGGGUAUUACCUCUUUCUCACAAUAAAAACUUAACAUUGUUUGAAUGUUUUUGUCAGAUACAGCAAGUGUUGGCAGCAGUGCAAGUGAGAGAGGUCCUGGAUCAGGGAGAAGUUCUCCUGUUGUGAAAGACAAAAAGCUGUUUAAAAGCACAGGCAUCAAGAAAGAUGUCAGCUCACUGGGUUAGUUUACACUGAUUAGAUUUAAUUUUGUAAUACAGUAGAGCAAUGUUAACUCAAACUCUGAAGGGAAAUGAAAAACAGUUCAAGUUAGCAGGGAAUUUGAGUUAUCGGCGUAAAAAUUUGAUCAAGGGAAAGGAAAUUUAGUUUGAGUGAGUGGGAUUUCUAGUCAUCCGAGUUUGAGUUAUCGAGGUUCCACUGUAGUUAGUAAUUCAUUUAGUACUGUUGUGUUGAGAUUUGUGCAUGCCAGUAUCCUGUAAAAUUCUGAAAAUGAGCCCCGGGGCUUAUAUUUGGGGCUUAUUUUUGGAAGGGCUUAUCUACAGAGGGAAACUUGCGUUUCAAAAUUGAUUGGGCUAGCCUUAUAGUUGGAAGUAAAUGUACUGUUUUUGCUUGUUUUACUUUGUAUUUGAGGGAAAUUUUCCAAGUACAAGCCCCCGGGGGGCUUAUAUUUGGCGGGGCGAUUUAACGGAGGGGUUUUUUUGUGUUACCGGUUUGUGGGGCUUAUAUUUGGAGGGGCUUAUACAUGGAGGGGCUUAUUUUCGGAAUUUUACGGUACUUUACUACACUCAAGCAGUUUGAUCAAUGAUACACAUGUAGUAUGCAGAAAUGGGAGUGUUGUUCUUGAAAGUGGUUAGUUCUACUAGUUAACUUGUUAUCUAAUACUCUACAGUUGGAAUGGUAUUAUUGAAACUUUUAACAACAAUAACAAUUUACUAAGGUAGUUCCAAUGAGUUACAUGGGCGCAGUGUCCUUAGAGUGUAGACUGGCAUCUUUCUUGUAGUAACUACAUUGUAUCCAUUCUCUGUGGUUAGGUUGGAUAAAAGACAAUGACACUUUAGGGUUGUGCUUUAGCAGCACUCAGGGGCCUCAGGUGCAUCGUUUUUGCUGUGACUAGGGAAUCUUGAAGUUCGUUUUUUUGAAUAAAAAUCAAACACAGGGCACCCUGUCUGGGCCCAGUUGUUAGAAGGCCAAAUAGCACUAACCCCCCCCCCCCUCCCAGUGCCGCCUGUGUCUGGUCCUUUUGUCAAAGACCCAAAACGUCCCCCCCCCCCCCCCCCUCCCCCCCCCACAAAAAAAAAAGGCUCCUAUGCUGCCUCUGACUCCAACAAUCCGGUUAUCACUAGAUCGUAAGCGAUGGAAUCAUAUGUGGGGUCAGAAUAAUAUGGAAAAGCUCUGAGUCUUAUUCUGACUCUGAUUCCAUCACACUUAUGACUUCACUUAGGACUAUCAUUUUUUAAUUUUACUAGGUGGUCUGUCACUAGCACUCGUAAGACUUUGCAUAUGACUCCUGCUCUACACACGCUCUUUCCCUAGUGGAAACAAGCCUUAAUAGUGUCAGUUUUUAUUAUUUUCAUGAUCACUGCACAAUAUCCCAGUAGGCAGUGCUGAUUUCAGGGAAUCUGUGCUCAGGCAUAUUGUGGGAUGGUUUUUGUACACUUGUUCUAUUUGCUGAUUAGCUAUCAGGUGUUAACAUAUUGCACAGUACAUACGUAAGUCAUGUUACUGUGAGUUAUGAUCGUAUGUGUGUGUGCUAUCAUCAGGCAUCACCAAUGGAUGUGAACUAGUUAGAAACAGUGUUACAUGUAUGCUGUUCUUGUCUUAGGUUAAAAGCGUAUUAAUUCUUUUGAUUGUUUAUUUUUUAGGAUCACAAGCAUUUGCUAACAAAGUGCGUAAGGCUGGAAAGUAAGUUGUCUCUUAUAAUGCAGAAAAUCCUUUUAAGUUACCAGUAUUGUGUAUAUGUUACAGGUCAAAAUUAAAUUCAGGUUAAAAAUUUUUGACCUUGAUUUUGAUUCUCCAUUUUAUUUGUCUCCUAGCCCUGAUUAUUCAUAUUGUAGGGUUUUGUAUAAUGAUUCUGUUUGGUCUUAUUAAUUUUCUUCGAAAAUAUUCUGUUAAUCAGUUCGUCUACUUUCUUAUAUGUUAUUUCUUUUUGUUUUUAUUACAGGGACAUAGGUUCUUGGGAAAAACACACCAAAGGAAUUGGUAUGAAACUGCUUCAACAGGUACAGGGUACUUCUUGCCACUUUUGUGAGUAACACCAAGUUUGAUUUUGACCACAAUGUGCAUGAACACAGAUUACUGGCAUAAUGAAUGUUAAGUGUUCAACAAAAAGCUGAAUUUGUGAAUUAUGUGCAUUAGACAAGAGGGUUUAUGAUGGUGUCUGAUGAUAACAGAGGCACUGUUUUCGACCAACAACAAGUAUCUCUCUUUGAAGGGCAUCUGUCUUAUAGAGAGUCAAAAAAUGAUGAAAAAUGGGUGGGACAAAGUCUUAGUGUCUCGGAAAGGUAUCCGCCUCAGUUGAAAGAGCAGCCAGUUUUUUGUGCCAGAGGUCGUGAGCUCACCUUGGAAUGGCUAGACCACCUACUAGGGACUCAAAAAAGUUCAAACUGUCAAUAAAAUUCAGUUGUGAUUAAAACCUUGUCUGAAGUGAGUUGAUUGCAUUAUUAGGUGGGGGCAGUUGACCAUUGACCUUGUUUCCCCCAUCCUAAUACGAGAUAUCCGUUGUACAAUAUUAAGAAGACGACAGAAAAUAACCCAUUUCUCUGUUUGGAAAGAGAUGUAGCAGACAUUCACCCCAGUGUCAUUAACUUACAUGUAGGCCAUUGUUGGACUGGGUGGGCAGAGAUCACACUUGUACAUGUGAGCAGAUCUCACCUGUCUGGUUCCUUUUUCAUUCAGCCACUGGUUACAAGGAAGGAAAAUUACCCUAAUUGGCCUGGUUUCUCUUCAUUGUAUUCUUCCUAUAUGUAAAUACACCAGUACUGUAGAGGUGUCUACCAAGAGACACUUGACUGUGUAGCCUUAACUUAGAAACUUACAGUUGUUUACACUCAGUCUCAUUUUUUUGUAGAUGGGUUAUGAGCCAGGAAAAGGUUUAGGAAAGGAAGGCCAGGGUAUUGUGCUACCAGUAGAGGCUUUCAAGCGUGAAGGACGUGGAGCUUUGGGAAGUUACGGUCCAGAAAGAACCAAGAAAGCUCAAGAGGUAAGGAGGGCUUGUGUGUAUAAUAAUAUUGUUAUUUUUUGACCUGUUGCCCAGUCCAUUCAUGACGGCUCUGGUAUUUAUCUUGCUUUGUCAUAAUAGUUUCAUAGAAACUAAAAUUUUUUCUGUUUACAAUAAUAACUGUUUUAAUAUUCUUUCAUUUUCACUCAGUUGCGGCCUCAUUAUGAUGAAGAAGAGGAGGAAGACGAGAAAUUCAGGGAACAACUUCAACAGUGGAAAAAGACAGACGAGGUAAUAAUGCCUUGAUGUCUUCAUGGUUAAUUUUGUGUUAUUAAUAUUGGCAAUAUCAAUCAAUAAUUUAAGGUUUUCACAUUUCUCCAGAGUGAAUGAUCUUUCAUAUUCAAGUAGUUUUCCAGUGUAAAAUUGAAAUAGAAUUAACUGUGACAAAGAAAUCGUCUCUUGACUUCUUUUCAUUUUACCCAGUCAGGACAACUGCAGCAGAUGUCUUUAAAAAGAAUCCGGUGAAUUUGUGCUAGUAACAAUAGUUAAUAUAUAAAAUGCAAGUAUGCCAAUAAUACCAGCCACAGAGUGAUGAUUUCUGAUUUUUGAAAUCUCUAGAUAUUGAUGUAAUUUUGUGAUUGUUACAGGCAGUUAAGUUACGUUAAAAUUUCAAUCAAAUUAGUGAAGCAAGCCAGAGACCAGAAAUGUUGACUCAAUAUCUAAUUCAAGAACUCAGUUUUACUGCAAGAAGCUUGUAUAUCUUUUAACACAGACAGAACGCCUAAUGUGCAAACUAACAUUAUCUAUGGGCACUGGAAAGGUCAUGUCCUGACUUAAAAAGUUUCGCUCUAGAAGUAAAGGGUUGUUGACACUAGUGACAAAGUCAGUGUUGGAGUGGUAAUCAGAAGCGUAGAGCUUUUGAUCCAGUGGAAACAGUGUUCUGGUUCUGCUUACGGCUCAUUGCUAACGUUCCACUUAUGAUCUAUUGAAACCCAGAUUGUUGGAGUCGGAAGCAUGAGCGGAAGAACUAAACAAAUCACAAAGUGUGGGAACGUGCAUUGUGAUUGGUUUAUCCUUCCGCUUCUGCUUCCGGCAAUGAAAAUGUGGUUUUCAUUAGAUCAUAAACGGAACAUAAGUGACGGAGUCAGAAGAAAUGGAAACGUUCUGAUUCUUCUGACUCUGUCCAGUUCUGUCAUGCUUACUCCAAUUUUUGAUUUUCACCAGGUCAUAAGCGCUCUUACAGCUGCGCUUAUGACUCCAACUCUGCCUCUGUCACAAGUGAAAAUCAGCCUUAAUACAAGCUUGUCAAAAAUUAGUAGCCUAUAAUUGUUGACAGUUUGUUUUUAGCACUCAAAACGUCAGCUAGUCAUAUUUGUGUGUUAAUUUGUGAGGGCAAAAGAUGAUUUAUUGGCUUUGGCUUUGGGAAGCAGCAUCUUCUGGUGCUUCAGGCAUCUCACAGCUUCACUAUUCACCCUUUGCACUUGUACCAACCCCCUUACUUUGACGACAUAUGAGAUGCUGCUUGCAGUUAAAAGAUUAGCUUCAAUCAAUCAAUCAGUCAAUCAAAGACUUAAUUUAACUUCAAAUUAGUUGAUGGCAAAAUUGCUAAUAUCUCCAAAAUUAUUCAUCAAAAUUAUUAGAAUACGUAAAUACAUAUAUGUACACGUAUAAAUAAAUAAAGACAUAAAAAUCAAGUGAGAAAAAAACUGAAUAUUGUGAGUAAAAUAAUAAAUUGAAAACAUGCACGUAUGUAGAAAUAAUUCCAAGAAAUUAAAAUUGCUCACAAAAAGAACAGCAUUCACUAUUCAGUUGAACAGUUUUUAACGCAGUUUUAAAAAGCGGAAAGAGAAGCAGACACAUAUGUUAUCCGUUAAUGAGUUCCAUAAGUUGCUAGCAUGCUAUCAAAAUGAAUAAAGACCAUACUUAGUCGUAUUUACUUAUUAUAAUAAAUAAAGAAGGUGACAUUCUUUGUAGCUAAUUCAUGUCUCAAUGGUUCUUCAUUUUUGAUUCUCAGGGCUACUCAAAGCCAAAAUAUGUUUACAAGACUGCAGAUGAAGUCAAGGUACAGUUUUCAGGGUAUAUUAAGUUCUGGAUUCUAUUCAAUGAUUCCAACUAAUUGAAGUUCUUUGUAAUUCAUUCUUCGUUAUCUUGGUACUCUUGCACUUGAACCAUUCACUUUGAUUGGGAUAAUCAAAACUUAGGAGGAAAACUACUAUUAAACUACUAUUCUGCCCACAAUAAUACGGUGCCCCACUAAUGUGUCUAUGUCACAGGUCAAAAUUAACCCAUUCGCCCCUGAACCGCCCGUAACCGCCUGUGCGGAUCCAGGUCCUUUCUACCCUUUGUGACGUCAUCAGUUUUAACGGUCAAGGACAACUUUCUUCGGUAACUUGUGCAGAGUGAAGAGAUCUUUCAAACCAUACCAGAAUGACCACAAUUCAGUCAAGGACACCGGAGAAAGAAGCAAAAAACCACGUGACAAGGACCUGAAAAUCUCCAUGAAAAUCUUGUUCCAUUACCCACCUACCUUUCCUUUCACCUAAUCCUAAGAUCCUAAAAGCUUUCCUAAAAACUCUUCCCACCAAAAUGAAGCCUACUAAAUGCCCAGCAAGAGAAAAAAAAAAUGAGGCAAGAAAAGCGAAAAAAGAAGGGAGGAGAGAAAGCGAAAAGUAAAAGUCAAGACUGCUGUGUCACUUUUAAACCCAAAAACUAUGUCGAAAUUUUGCUUUCUGCGCAUGCCCGAACUUCGCAAGCUGAUAUUUUGCAUCUGGAUCAGAAGGCCGCCAAGUGUACGACCUGUAGACCGGUUUGUGGUAAGUUUUAGCUCUUUAUAGCACGACAGUGACCAGAAAACCACUCGACUAGCUUCAAAACGCGUUUUUCGGCAAAAUCUCCAGGAGCGAAUGGGUUAAAUUCAGGUUAACUUGAGUUUUUUAACCUAAGUUGAUCCUCUAUUUGCUAGCCUUAAUAUUCAUGAAUUAGGGCUAGGUAGCCUGUCAGCAUGAGCAAGCUCUCUCAUUUGGGUGAGCGAAGCGAGCCGUGUGAGAAUGCUUUCGUGUCUCUUCUCACGUGCCUCUUGGGCAUCUAUGUUUCAUGAUAUCCCGCAAAUGGAGAGCUUGUUUGUAGGCGAGGGUUAGGAGACAAAAGAAACUGUGGAUCAAUGUAGGUUAAAAAAUUUUAAUCUGGAUUUAAUUUUGACCUGUAACAUCUAUAACGCGUAAAGUGCAAAUUAAUUAUUGACAUGUGACAUACUGUAUAAUUAAACCCUCCAGUCAUGGCAUGAUACAUGUGUUAAAAACUGUCGUAACAAACAAUUUUAUUUCUCCAAAAUAGCCAAAAAGUAUGAAUGAAAACUUUUCAAUAUACUGUAAUUAAUAUUUACACAAAUAAUAACUUUGUGUAUUUCUGAAUUAAGGGCAAAAUGAUACAAAAUUCGUCAGACUCUUGAAAUACAUGGAUUAUUUUAUGUCCUCUUUUACUUAAUAUAAAAUUAAUGUGCUUGUAAGAGAGUGCUGUUUGUGUGGCCUUUAAUAACUAAAGUUUUGUUUAUUUUGCUUUCAGGCUUCGGGAGGAAGCAAAAAGGGACCAUCCAUAUCUCUGAAACACAGCAAGAUCAAGGUUAUUGUUUUUAAUUAUUUUGAGGCGAUUUUACUAUUGCAUUUUUUUGUAAGACUCAAGCAUGUUUUCUGUGAUGCUUUUUUAGGUUGUGGACAUGACAGGACCUGAGACUAAAAUCCUGACUGGUUAUGGCUCCCUUGCUCAACAGCAUGCCAAGCCUGGAGAAGUGCCUCCGACCACAUUAGGUGAAUGAUGACUGCUGCACUUUAUAGAGUAAAUAAUUACUAAUCUAUUCGCCUUGGAAAAUAUUGCCAAAAAAACUCUGUUUGAGGCUUGUUGAGCUGUUUUCUGGUCAGUAUCUGGCUAAAAAGAACCAAAACAGCCCAAACGUGUACAGGUUGAGCACUACACUGCAUCUUGUCUCUGAUGCUAUAUUGCAGCUUCUGAAGUUUAGGUAUUUGCAGUUUCAGAGGAAUUUUGUGGUUGACCUAAGAUGAGUUUUUGGCAAUUUUGUCUGAAUUGUGCUCUUUUUUUGCCGAAUAAUGCUGAUGAAGUCUUGUUAAGCUGUUUUCUGGUCAUUCUCUAGCCAAAAAGAACAAAAACAGCCCCAAAACGUUUACUACCUGUAGUUGAGCACUUCACUGCCUCAUGUAACUUCCUGAUGCUGAAUUGUAGCUUCUGAAGUUUGAGCUUGUGCAGGAGGCAGAAUUUCUAAGGCUGUGCUCUAAGAAAUACAUUAUAUUGUAGGGUGCCUAGUGCUCUGAACCUGUGAAAUCCAGGGUUCCCCACAUAUGAUUUCAGUUUUCUAUAUAAAAAAAUUAGUUUUCUAGUCACCCGUGAGCAAAAGUUAGGUGCCAGGGCUACCGGGCGCUGCUAGAACACAGCGUGUUGAUUUCAUUGGAAUUUUGUAGUUGAGGUAAGGUGGCUUUUUUUAGCCUUUUUCUCUGGCCUGUUUGACUGAGUGGUGUUCAUUUGUAUGUUUGGUUAAAAAGAUCUUUUCCUCUGCACAAGUUAAAAGUCAAGGCUGUCAUUGACCAUUAAAACUUAUGAGGUCACAAGUAGUAGAAAGAAUGAGCCUGGAUUCGCGCAAGAGGUUCCGUUGUGAAUCGGUUAAUACAUUUUAAAAAUACGUAUACCUGAUUUUUCCAUUUCUUUCUUUCCAAUUGUAACUGAAAGGUGGGUGAAAAAAUCCCCGGGUGUCUCUCAAUAAAUUAUUAUCUCUUUUGCAUUCUGGUAAUGAUGUGGCUAUUAUUGGUUUUAGUUCGAGAUACAGAGGCAGCAUUUUCGAUGCCUGAACUAACCUACAACUUGAAUCUGCUUAUUGAUAUGGCAGAGACUGACAUUAUUCAAGCAGACAGACAGUAAGUUAUUGUUCAGUUAGUAUUGUUCUAUAGCCAUGUAAUGUAUGUACAUUAUCCAUAUAUCAGUGGGAUGACAUCUAGACCAUUCACAAUCCCCCAUUUUUCCAUAAGAUCGUCGGGAUUGAGCAACUACGUACCUUUACGGGUGGCCAUCUUGGCUUCAAAUGAUCCGAGUCCAGCUUGGGGCUGAGUGUUAAAUCUACUUAAGUAGUGGGGGAUGGUACAAACACCUGUCCCCGCCUGCUCCCCCCUCUGUACAUUUGAAACCAAGAUAGCCACCUUAAACGCAAAGCACAUGAUCUUGAAGGUCAUAAGAAAAUUAAAAUAGAUGACUGUGGACAGUCAAGAUGAGUUCCUGAUUGUUUUGCAGACUGAAGUAUGAGCGAGAUCUCGUCGUGAAUCUUAAACAUGAGGAGGAGAAGCUUACAGCAGUGUUGGAGCGGGAAGAAAAGGACAUCAAAAGAUUAAUGGAUGUUAUCAAUAUGAUAGAUAGGUAA